AGUGGAAGAACUCGGUUCGCGAUUCGAAUUUGCCCGCUAAGUCUUCUUUUUUCAUUUUCUUUCACGUUUUGAUAAUACCGCUUUUUGAAUCCACGUAAACUCUCAAGGGUCCGAUUUGCAUUUAAUGCGAUUGUGAUCGUUCAAAGUAAACAGUUCGAAAUAUUUUAACAACAAUUAAUUCUGAGCCUAUUGUGGUUAUUUUAAUCGCCGACAACUUGCCAGCAGACGACAUAAAACCCUUUCCUUUCUGCCUUCUUGAUUAGUAUAUUUUGGAAAUGUGAAAAAUUCGCAAGUCGGAGCAUAUCCAGCCGCAUUAAAAAAAAAGUUGAUUUCAGUAGACGCUCUAUCAAGCUAAGUAUCUAAUUCUAACUGUUAUAAUCGAGUAGUUUCUGGGGCGCGGUGGCACCAUGUAUAUUACGCCCAAUAUCGGACCCAUGGUGUGUCGCGCCUAUUGCUCCUCUCGUGGUGAGAUAAUGCCAAAAGUCGACGUUUCGAAAGAGUAUGUGCAGAGUGCGCAACUCAAUUACAUGAAGAUAUUAGAAAAGGAAAACAGCGAUCGAGUUGCUAAGCUGCUAAAGACCAGGUCAAGGAAUCGAUAUACUGCGCUCGGCCUUGGCAUAUUCGUUAUCUGCAUCUACGCCUAUUCUAUAAAUUCCGUAAAGCAAGAACACUUCCUUGACGAACUCGACGAAUCUUAGAAGGAUUAUAUGUAUAGAUGUAGAAGCAAUCUAGCUAUGGCGUAUUCAUUCUAAUAGAUAUUGUGCGGCAGGCUGAUUGACGGCUCACUUUUUUUUGGAUAUCUGUCUCCUAAUCAUAGUAGAUAAAGAUACCACUUUGCCAUGAUAAUUUCGCAUUGAGAGAUACAUCGUAAGCAAGCUAAAGACGACCGUACUAUAUACAGCACCCAGGUGUACUGGUAAAAGGCGCCUGUUGUCUGAAGAGCGAUGGGCGUACACAGUUUUGGGAAAAGAAAAGCUAACAUAAGAAUAUUAACAAAAUUAUCGUAUAUUGAGUAAAUUACGUCGGCGCAAGGAAUCAAUUCAGUGGUGAAUAUAGUGUAGCUGCGUUGGGUACCGCCAGGUAUUUAUAUCUCAAUUCGUUGAAUAGUGUUAAGAGCGUUGUCUUGUCCAUAAUUGGGACUCUACAGAAUAAUUAUAUGACUGACUAAGUAAAUAAAGUCCCAGAUCCCAAAUGGAUAUCGCAACACCCGUAA